GAAACUAUAAACUGAGUAAUGCAAAAAUGAUUGAUGACCAAGUUACUUCGUAGAUUGUGGAUUGUGUAUUUGUAUAUAUUUAGAAGUGAUAUAACUGUCACAGAAUAAGAAACAAAACAAGUGUUGUUUGUUUGCUAUUUUUUAUUUUUCAGUUGUAUUAUUGGAAUUAGUAAUGAAAUUCCUUGAAUACGUGUGUAGUUUAAAUAAAUCGGUCAGAAAUAAAUAAUUAGUAAGUAACAAUCAUGACAGAAUUGCUUAUUUCCCGUGGCGAUACAUUUCCUAGAUCUUUUUUGGAUACCUACAGAGCUAAUAGAGCCACUGAACAAUUUUAUAAUGAUUUGUCAUCGAGUAAAAGUGAUGAAUUGGUCUUACAAAACUCAGAAUCUCUACCAGUAUCCGAAGAAAUUCAUCAUGGACAUUCAGAGAACCUCCUUGAUGUAACAUCGUCGAUAUCACCCACAAAAGAAGAAUUUUUAGAUAAGGCUGAACUUAUUCUACCCAAAAGUCAUAGAAGACGAAUACCAGUAUAUGAUAGGGUCGAUCCAGAGGAUAGUAUUAGAGAUAUUGUUACAGAAAAUGACUUCUACAGAUUUGUGUUAUUCAAAAAACACUAUGACAAAUAUUUACAUCUUUCUCAGAAGUAUGAAGAAGCACGAAAUAUUGCAUAUUACUUAGAGGAAAAGUAUCAUGAAGUGAAGAUGGAAAGGGACGAUUUAAUAGAACAAAGGGAUAAACUAACAAGACGUUUAGAAUCGAACGAGUCUUUAUUGAGAGAAAAAGAAGAUGAGGUCUUUCUGCAGUUUGAAAGAGUUGUGUAUUUGGAAGAGCAGUGCGAUAAGUUAAAAGCAGAAAAAGAUAAAUGCCAAGAGCAGAAAGAUUUGAUAGAGAAGGAAAGAGAUAAAACACUGAGAAUUCUUAAGGAGCAAGCAAGAGAGUCGGAAUAUAAUAGACGAAGAUUAGAACAAGCUAGACAAGAAGUGGUUCGUCAUAUGACGAUGAUAAAGAAUGAAAAGGAAUGUUUAGAAAGAGAGAAUGAUCAACUAAAAGAAGCGCUGGAAGCAGAACGUAAAGGAUUGGGAAGGUAUUUAAUUCCAGUUCAAAGAAGAAGAGUAAUAAAUGAUUCACAUUGUUUAGAAAAUCAGGAAGAAGAUUGCAAAUUAAUAGAACACGCUAGUGACGCAUUAGCUUCUCAAUUUCAAAAGGCUGUGCAGCACCUUGCUACCUGCAGACAAAAGAAGUGUUCUGUUUGUGCCUACACAAAAGCAACUUACCGGCAAAUGACGCCACACAAUAGGAAAUACGAUCGUAAAUUAUUUGGAUGCCUACAGACUCCAUUUUUGGAAAUGCGGAAUAUGAUAAAACCACCCCCUUCGCCUAUUCACGGUGAAGGUGAAAGUUUAUCCGAAUGGUUUUGUCAGUUAAACAAUACAGCUACCCAGAGUGAGUGUUCGUCGUUAAGUGUUCCAUUCGCUGAAUUAUCGAUUUCAUACAUGGACGAUGCUUCAGACACUUCCUCAAAUUAUCUCAGAGAUUCUGAUAAAGAAGAUCGCGAUGCUCUAAGUCAAGGGAAUUAUAAUAGUAUUAGAGGCUAUGGCAGCGAUUCUGGUUUUUCGUCAGAUAUAUGUGGGGACUAUAAAAGUAACGCUACAACACCAAAAGAAAAAUUUUGUCCAAAUGCCAUUUUAGACGAAGCCGACUGUGCUAAAUUAACCCGCACAAAAUGGACGGCUUCAUUUCGAAAAUUGAUUCGACGGAUAAAGAAAUAAUUUAAGAUUGUCUUGAAUAAGUCAGAACUAUUAAAUGUUAACUAUUAAGACUAAAUAUAUCAGAUUUGUCGAUGUUUAGAGAAAUGAUAGAAAUUUACGUAAAUUAAUAUAUAAAACGAUUAAUGUUGAUGCAUCUAGGUAAAGUUUGAAAAAUAAAAUGUUGAAUAAUGAUAUAUUUGACGACUGGACAUUUUACUUAGGUGCAUUUAGGUGUUUUUAUGUGCACCUAAAAGAACAGAAAUUUAUUAGAGUUUUAUUUACCUGAAGCAAUUCGUUGUUAGAUAUAGAAUGACAAUUGGUGUAUGAAAUUUAACAUUUUUACCACAUUUCUAUCGUUGAGUGAGCCAAUAAGGACCCUUACAUAUUUCUCUUCACUAAACUACAAUAUCGGUUCUUGUUUAAUUAAACGACAAAUCGAAAGUAAGUGAAUUGAAUGUGUAAUUUUGUUAAAUAUAAUCAACUUUGAAUGGUUAUAAUUGAGGAAUACAAAUAAUUGCGUUCGGUAUAAUAGCUGUAUU